AUGCCGGCUCGAGUUGCGUCCGCAGACGGCGCUGCCGUCGCGGCGGAUCGUCUGAUCUCGCAGCUAUCCAGAGGACUGUCGGCACCGUCUGCAGCCGCUGACACUGCCGAUAGCCUCUCUUCUGCACUCCAGAGUCUGCAGCGCCACGCCCGCUCGUUCGGCUUCUCAUCUCAGCAUUGCGACCAGCUCGUUCGACUCGCGCUCAUUGGUCGUCUUCGUCUCAGCACCGCAGGGAGCAGUGCCAAGCACAAAGCGCCCAAGACGUCAGUGUCUCUCACCAUCCUCAGGAGCGUCAUCCCCAGGCCACGCGCGAAGCUCGGACGACAGGCGGUCUUGGACAUCGUCGCCGCGCUGGGCCCGUCGCCGGGAACCGACAUGAUCAAGCUCUCGGGAAUGCAGAAGGACGACACCGAGUCGAAUCUCGGGCCGGAGAGGGUCAAGGUGGACAGCAAGGUGCAGGUUGCUGCACUGAAGCUCCUGUGCGUCGCGCUCGACUCGCCCUCGGUGCCCUUGUCGGUAGCAGCCAGCUUCUAUACAGACAGCAACAGCGAUUCGGCACCCACAACGCGUCGCGAUAGGGACCAGGAUGGGCGCGAGCUCGAACGUCUGCAACGUCAUGCGGCACAGUACUCGGGCUUGCCGGGCAACCUGCCCAGCACCUAUCUCACCGCGCUCGCACGAACGACGCUCGAAAAGUGCUACGCGACGCUCUUUCACUUCAUCGACUAUCAAGCGCUGCGGCCUCACAUAUGCUACCUGCUCUGCCGCGUCACCAAACGCAAGCACGUGCGACACUACAGGAUCACCAAGCUCAUGGCCCUGCGCGCCAAUGCGGCGCCCGAGCUCGGCAUCUCGGCGCUUCUAUCUACAUACGCCAACUUCUAUCCGGACCUGCUCUUUCCGGAGCUCCUCGGAGGCGGCGGUGCAAGCUCUGCCGCUGGAGCUGGCCCGGUCGGGCUCAAGUAUCCCGAACCUGACUGGAUUGCGGCCAUCCUGCUGGCACAUGCCCGGUGUGCGCGCAGGAGCGCAGGGGAUGCGGUCGAGUCCGACGAUGAGGCCGACAACGACUCAGAGUCGGCACCAGGCGGAAUGCAACGAGCCACCAAGAAGCAGCGUCUCUCGGCCAAGAAUGUUAAGGAUGGCGGAGCGGACGAAAACGCUGCGUCGGUCCUGGGUGUCGUGUCUGCCUCCAUCCCGAUUCCCAAUCUGGUGACGAUUCAGCCGCUCAAUUCGGCGCAGAAGGCAUUUGGAACGCAGCCCUCGCUGGUCACGGAGCUCUCGUCGCUGCGUCACCUUGCCCAUAGCUUGGACCGUCUCGUGCUGCCCUCGCAGGCGGCGGCGAUGCUCGGCACUGGCUUCGGCGCUCGCAUGAUGCGCGUAGCCGUACUUGCUGGCGCCACCAUCACCAACGAGGAGUCGCUCAGCCAGGCUGCGCCCGCCGCACGCCGUGGCCGGCAGACGGAGCACGAUGCCUGCUGGGUGCGUCUGUCAGACUGGCUCGAGAGCGUGCUCGGCGACGAGAUCGGCGUGCAGAGCAGCGCGGCGUCGGCUUCGCAGCGCCAGCAUCUCAGAUUGCCGUCGACGGACGCCGAGUUCAAGCGGCUCGCAUCGCUGCUGCGUCGCGCGCGGCUCAUGUUUGAGCUCGCCGAGCAGAUGCCCGCCAGGCUCGAGGGGCUCAUGUCCAGCGUUCUCUUGGCGAUUGCCCGUGUCGCCGAGCCCGGGAGAGAUGACGCCGAUGCGUGGACAGAAAGGUGGGACGAGCUGACGCGCGAGGUGCUGAAAUUUGUGCCGCUCGUCAUGCCUUCGGAUCUGUCGUCGUUUGAAGAUCGGUUCAUGACGCCGCUCGAAGCGCUGGCGCGGUCGACGCGCGUCUCGCUCGACACCUCGGCCGCGGUGCUUCUCGCCAUCAACGGUCUUCUCACCAACUGGGCGGUACGCGACUGGCGCGAUAUCGGCGCGCGUCUCGAUGCCCGCAAGUCUUACCGAUGGGGGAUCUCGAAUCUGGAUCCGUCGGUCGACUUUGGCGAGCUGAUCGCGGCCACGAGCGCACGCGCCGACAGGCUGGCAGCGACGCUGGUGGGCUUGUAUCCGCGCCAUGUGGCGAUGGAACAUGCGGUGUUGUCGCUAUACGAGGGCCUCGCGCGCCACUUGGCUGGUAUGGGGACAGUCGCAAGCGUACCGGCUCUGCCGCUGUAUGCGUUCACGCUGCACGCCACGACGAUCGUGUCGGUCUCGCGCCUGUGCGGUCUGAUCCAGGAUCUGCGCCACGCCUUCGAGCAUCACAACGCAGUGGGUGCAAAGCUACCGGCAGUGGACGGGGGUCUGGAAAGCAAGUUCUACGAUCUGUCUGCAAGCUUCUUCGAGGAGGAGAACUUGAGCAUCUUGAACAGCAGGGUCACGCUCGUAGCCAACCUCAUCUGGCUCGGCAAGAUCGUCACCGAAGACGAGGCGGUGGGAAGCCUGCCGCCUGGACUGGAACAAUCUGUCCUCAACGAACUCACGCAGCGGGGCGACGAUCUCAACCUGAAGCUGGCCACGCUUUCCAACACGCCCUUCUCGCGUGCGAUGAGCCAUCUCUCGGAGCGCUUCGCCAACGUCUAUUGUGCAGGCCAAGGCAAGAAAGCUACGGGCGAGGACGAGUGGAUCCGCGGGCCGAUCACGCCCAAGACGAUCAAGAGCGCCAAGAAGAACGGCAUGCCCGCCGCAUGGACACACACCGACUUCCGCGCGUACCUGCUCGACUGGCUCGACACGCAGGGCGCACACGGCAUGUACGAGCUGCUCAAAAACAUCCUCGUCACCUUUGGCAGCCAGCUCAAGUCGAUCCGCGGCGAAGCUGCAGCGGCGGCGCACCGGUGCCCCCCGACCCACACGAUGGAUGCAUUCGGCGACUCAGAUCUGUCCGACAUCUCGGCACCUCCAACGCCCGGCCCUGCCAGCACACCGCGAGCUGCGUCACCAGAUUCAGAGCCAGAGCCAGCUCAGCCACCGAGCUCCGACCUUGCUGAUGAUGCGCCCAAGCCUGCGGGUCGUUCAGCCGCGCGGCGGCGUUCCUCGGCAAGAGUGACCGAGACUGCGGCUGAAACGUCUUCCAAGCCUUCUUCAUCUCGCAAGCCUAAAGCAUCCCCGAAAGCGUCUGAGUCCGCCGAUCCCGCUGAUGAUGCGCAAGCACCGGCGACAGGCACGCCGAGCUUGAACCGCAAAGGAUCGACUCGAAACCGCAAGGCUACGGCCAAGCUGCGCUCGCCUUCUCCGUUGACAGAUCACGCCGAUAAGCCGUCGCCCGCAGGGAGGGGCAAGAAGAAGGCAAAUGCCGCACCUGACAAGCCGAAGUCGGGCAUCAAGGUCAAGCUGUCGAUCAAGAGGUCGAGUGCAGACGGGCGAGCUACGGGCGACAGCGGCUCCUCGCGCGCAUCCACGCCGCAGCCCACUGUCAGCGCCUCGGGGACCAAGGUCACCAUCAAGCCACGAGGCAAGAACAAGUUUGCCGACGGGCUCAGAGACCUGGCGGACGACGACGAAGAGAACAAGUUUGCCGACGGGCUCAGAGACCUGGCGGACGACGACGAAGAGGUUCCAGGAGGGUCUGCAUUGGCAGAGGAUGCUGCGCCAGGAGACGAAGCAAUGCCCGACGCGGAAGCAGCAGAUGGCGACGGUCUUGGAGGCGCCAGACGUCGAUCGACGGGCAAGCGGGGUCGGGACUAUCGCAACAAGCCCACAGGGAGACGGCGUGUUGUCGUGGCAGACGACGAGGAAGACGAGGAAGAGGGUACCGGCAAGGGUGCCGAAGAGGCUCCACAGAGGAAACGAGCUAAGCUUAGCGACAACGCUGCCGACGGCGGGCGGGCGGAUGCUCGACCGGCGCGCAACACCAGGAACACCAUCGACUACAGUGACGACGAUGACGAGGACGAAGAGAUGGUCGAUGUCGCCUCGGAAGAAGACGACCUGGAGCUCGAUGCGGCCGCUGCCGCCGACAGUGAGGACGACUUUGAGCAGGACGGCGCAUCGAGUCGCCGAGGAGCUGCCAAGUCGAAAUCCGCCCGUGGCGCCAAAUCAGGAGGGCGCAAAUCAACUGGGGGAGCUGGCGGUAGCGCGGCCAAGGCCACAUCGGCGAGCGGCGCGAAGAAAGCGGGCGCUGCAGCUGCUUCGACGGCGGCAAACAAGGGCAUGUCUGCGGAAGCGCGCAUGCGCGCCUCGAUCGACGCUGCCAAGGACAAGUCGCUCAAACCACCCGGUGCGUCGGUGGGCACCAAGCUGAAUCCGCAAGCCAAUGCGUUCCGACCCAGCGGCGCCGUCAAGUCUGGCACCUCGACACCGACUGGCGCUGCAGGUGCCUCGGCGCCCAAGCGACCUGCGUCGACAGGCAAACCUGCGUUCGGCAAGAGCAUGAGCGGAUGGGACCAGCUGUUUGGAGGUAUCUCUGGCCUGAGCUCGUCGGCAUCCACGCCGUCGAAAGCCACACCCAUCAAGCCGGGCGCACCAAGCAAGCCCGCUACGCCGACGGCGGGGGUGUCGGGAUCGGGCAUUCGCCAGGAUCCAGUGCUCGAGGCCGCAUCGCCCGCGGACGUCCAGCGCCUCAAGAACCAAGCUACGCAGCAAUACCUGUGCACGGACGAGUGCUUCGACCUCCUCGCCCACGCCGAUAUCAUGACCGCCUUCGAACGCUCGAUCGGGAUCGAAGAUCGCAAGCUCGCCGCGCGCCUCAGGCCGUGUGUCUACAGAGCCGGGCAAGCGCUUCUUCCCAAGCUCCAGCCACCGACACAGCCCACUCAAUCGGCCCCGUGA